AUUUAUUCUGACUUGCAUAUGAAAAUUUUUACAUUCAUUUUAAGAUUAAUUCAUAUUUUAAUAUUUAUUUUUAAGACCGAUGGACAUAAAUUGCAGCAAAAUGAAAUUCUACCUUAUUGAAAUAUGAACAAAUUGUUGAUAAUUUAUGGAAUCUUAUUAUUUAUUGAAUUCCAUAAUAUUGUACCAGCUGUUUCUGAUAUGUGUAUUCAUGAUGAAGUAGCAAUUCCAGAUGUUCCUGUAGGAGAAUUGACUUAUCGACAAAUGCGAGGGAAACGAGAAAAACAUAGUGAAAUUUUUCAACCCUUAAAUAUCCAUUAUUAUAUUGAUGAUAUUGAUCCCAAUACUCCUGAAAAUGUUAUACUUAAUUUGAAGAUUGCUUUCAAGAAGGUGGUUAAAUUUUUCCAAGAUUCUGUUGCAGUUAGAAGUUCUUUUAAUCCAUUUCUAAUAGAGCGUUCUAAUUGUGCACAGAAAUGGGUGAAUGGUAUUAAUAAAAAUAAGUGUUCCCGCUUGAAAUCUGGACCUGAAUUUUGUUCCAUAAAAGAGACUGAUUAUGUUAUUCCUGAUAGAUAUUUAAAUAAAUUAGAAGUAUUUGAUUAUACUAGCCCACAUCCUCGGCAUAUACUUAAAGCUGGUCCUGGUGUAAAAGAUGCUAAUUUUUUUCUUUUUGUGAUCAGUAGAACUACAUCCUGGUGUACUGAAAAUAAUGUUCAAGCAUAUGGAUCAUAUUGUAGACUUGAUAGCUAUAACCGUCCUGUUGCUGGUUUGUUAAAUAUGUGCCCUACAUAUUUUUCAAAGAAGAUAUAUAAAGCAAGUCAUUAUUUUCAUGUCAUUAUGCAUGAAAUCAUUCACAUUCUUGGUUUUUCAGUCCAUCUUUAUCCUAAGUUUAAAAUGUGCACUUCAAUUUAUGAUUGUGAAACUCCAAAGAAAAUUGCAGAGGUUGAUUCAAAUGGGAUUCAAAGAUUAAUUUUUCCUGAAUUGGUAAAGAGCAUGCAGACUCAUUUUAAUUGUUCUGAAGAAGAAUUUGGGGGACCUUUAGAAAUAUCCCAAGGCAGAGGCAAGGCUUCAGAGGAAAUGAAAUACACUUCUCAUUGGCAUCCUCUGCUUAUGUAUACUAGUAUUAUGACUCCAUUUAUUGUGGAGGAUGAAUAUAUUGUGAUCGAUAAUAUAACUUUAGCAUUACUAGCAAGUACUGGAUGGUAUCGAGUUAAUUUUACCAUAGCUGAAUACUUUCAUUUUGGGAAAGGAGAAGGAUGCAAAUUUGGAUUUAAAGCAAAUUGUGAGGAUUCAAAGCAUCUAUGCUCUCCAAAGGAUGCAGCUCGAAACUGUGAUAUAUUGCGCUAUACUAUUGGCAAAUGUGAAAGUAUAGUUCCAUAUCAUCCUUGUGGAGUAUUUAAGCCAAAUCAUAAAGAAAGCUGCUUAGAUGAAAUAAACAUGCAAGCAAAGGAAUAUGAACAGCGGUGUGUUAUGGUAACAAAAACAAAUGUGGCAGAACCAAAUUGUUUGCUUACAAAAUGCAUAUCAACAAAUGAAUUUGAAUUUCUUGUCAAUUCCACUUGGGGUAAAUGCAAAACCAGUGAAAAGGCAGAAAUCAAUAAUGUUACAAUAAAUUGUCCAGAGUUAGGUUCAAUUUGUUGGGAUGAAGCAAAGCUUGUAAAUAAAACAUUUUGUUCGUGGGGCAGUGAUGAAGCUAUUGCUGUGCGUAUGUAUUUUGCUGACCAAACCUAUCAACAAUUAUUGGAAAGUGAUAAUAUCAGAAAUUUCAAAGUUAGCACUCUUCAGGCUAUAGCUGAAAAUCUGCAAAUGUCUGUGAAUCACAUUGUAAAUGCAACUCUGACUAUAUUUAAAGGAGCAUUUUUAGACUUCACUCUAUGUCCACCCUCCAACAUGAGUAAUGACAAACUGGGUGCACUUAUUGAGAAAACACAAAAGUUCCUUAAAAGCAGUUCCUUCAUACAUAUUUUUAAAGGAGCUACAGAAUUUGCUGUAUCUUCUACAACCAUUGUGAUAGAACCAGAAAUUGCAGUCUCAUUCAGUGACCAUGAAGGUUUCCACAUGUUGUCUAUUAUACCUGUGAUUUGUGCUAUUUUUAUUGUUGCUUCUUUUAUAGCAUCAUUGUUUAGACUCGUUAUGAGUCAAAAGUAUAGACCAAAGAGAGAAACUGUAGAACUUGAAGAUUUCAGCCAAAGUAAUUCAUUUGCUCAAAAUUCUAAUCAAAAACUAACUGCAUAAUAUGAAUGAAAUUUCACAGUUACUUCCAUCUGUAUGGAAGCAAAUGUUCCUAACGAAAAUGAAAAGCCUCAUAAAGUUUCUUCAAAAACCCUAUGAUGGAUUUGCUCAUUUUUAAAGCU